GCGUUUGUUAACAGAGAUCCAAUGGACAGGUCUCGGGGCUUAAAAAUUCGUCUCAUAAACGCAAAGCUGAAGCCAUUUCUCCAUCUCUUGAACUCCUUUGCAUUUCACACACAAAUCUUUCGUUCCUCAACCCGCUCGCUUUCUUCUGCAAACCAUGGACUCUUGUCCUUCAAUAAAAAAUAUUCUCCUGUUGGAUUCUGAGGGGAAACGUGUGGCUGUCAAGUAUUACUCUGAUGAGUGGCCAACAAAUAGUGCAAAGGAAACUUUUGAGAAAGCCGUGUUUAGCAAAACUCAAAAGAGCAAUGCUCGAAAUGAAGCGGAGAUUGCGAUGUUUGAAAACAAUAUUGUUGUUUACAAGUUUGUGCAAGAUCUACAUUUUUUUGUCACUGGUGGAGAAUAUGAGAACGAGCUUAUUUUGGCAACAGUUCUUCAGGGAUUCUUCGAUGCUGUUGGCCUUCUCCUUAGGGGUCACGUGGAAAAGAAGGAAGCACUUGAAAACUUGGAUCUUAUUUUAUUGUGCCUUGAUGAAAUUGUUGACGGAGGUAUUGUUCUUGAGACCGAUGGAAAUGUUAUUGCUGGGAAAGUUGCAACUCAAAGUAUAGAUUCUUCAGCUCCUUUGUCUGAGCAGACAAUAAGUCAAGCACUGGCCACUGCACGUGAACAUCUGACGAGAUCCCUUCUUACAUGAUGCAUACAAAAUGCUAAUGGGAAGGAGCAGGGAGAAAUUAUCUUCAUGGCAGUACCAUUCGGUUUGGCUAGUGAUCCUAUACGACACAUAAACUGGUUCAUUCAUUUCACCUUGGAGUUACAUUUUCUAUUUUCAUGGACAAUCCCCCGCAAUUGACCCAUUUGAAGUUCCUGCUUUUAGUUGAACGAGGAACUUUGUCUUUUUACUUUUUUUUUCCCCUCGAGGUAGUGCUUAUUGAAUUGUUUUGUGUCAGAUCAAGUUGGAUGUUAGUGGAAUAUUAUACACUAAUUAAUUUAAACAGGUGCAUGCAUUACCCCCUGAA